CACCAACCUCCCCGGAGGGGUGUACUAUAUCCCACCACCCCCUGAAGCGUCUGCUCGCACCUCGCUUCUCCUCCCUCUCCCACCUACCUCGCGCCUCCAACUUUUCCUGUCCGGCCCCCGCACGACAGCCCCGCCCGGACUGCUAGUCCCCGCUUUUCUAUAAUGAGCUCGAAGCGUUCUACAGGGGACACUUCUCUGAGCGGCAAGAAACAGCCCAACGUCGAUGAGUACCUGCUGAACAAGCUCAUGGGUCUCGGCUUCAAGCGCAAGAAUGUCGUCCACGUCCUGCAGGCCUCGGACAACGAGUUCGAUGAGGCCCUGAACAUGCUUCUCGAUGACCCGACUGCCAGCACCCCCACCAAGGAGUCUGCCCCGGCCCCGGCCCCGGCCCCCACCCGCCAGGCCGCCGUUCUGCGCAUUGGCUCCAAGCCCCCGGCCGCCACGACUCCGGCCGCCCCGGCCAAGGCCGCCUCUCCAGCUGCCACCCCGGCCGCCUCGACGAAGGCCGCCUCCCCCGCUGCCCCCUCGGCUGCCGCCGCCCAGCAGCCGACCGGCUCUCAGCAGCAGGCCAAGACUCGUCCCGCUGCGGCCGGGCGCACUGCUGCUACCGCCUCCACUGCUCCGGCCGCUGCCCAGUCUCAGCAGCCUGCCAGCGCCACCUCUGUCCUGCCCGCCACCGCCCGCUGGGGCGAGCAGGCCAAGGCCGCCGGUUCGUCCACCGCCUCCGAGACCGGGUCCUCCGCCCAGGAGAGCGCCGACACCUCCACCAAGGCCACCGGCGAGAAGACUUCCACCAAGGCUGCCGCCGCUUCCGCCGCCAAGGCCGGUCCUACUGUCGCCGCUGCUGCUCCCCUGGCCGAGCCCGUGGACUUCACCUUCCCCGCUGGUUACAAGGCCGAGGCCCUGCUCGAUGGCCACUGGCUGCCGGUUGUCGUCAGCGAGGCCACCGCCACCGGCUACAAUGUGGUCUUCCUGGGCUACGAGCACGCGGCCACCGUUCCCUCGACGCACAUUCGCCCCCUGCAGCUGAUCAAGGGCCCUUCCUUCGUGGUCAGCCAGCUGGUGGAGGCUUGCUUUACCCAGGACCAGACUUGGUAUUCCGCCAUCAUCAACGCGGUUCUCCCGAACAACCUUUACAGUGUCGUGUACGCCGAGUACGGCAACCAGGAGAACCUGCCGGCCGACCAGAUCCGCACCAUUUCUUCCUUCUCGCCCACUUUGUCGGCGGCUGAUACCACCAAGCAGGCCGCCGCUGCCCCUGCCGUUGUUUCUUCCACCUACGCUGUCCACGACACCGUUGAGGCUUGCUACACCGCCGAUCAGAAGUGGUACCAGGCCACCAUCGUCGCGGACCACGGCAACGGGACCUAUCGUGUCAUGUAUGCCGGCUAUCUGAACGAGGAGGACCUGCCCGAGUCGGAGAUCCGCCCGAUUUCCGGGGCCUCCGCCUCGCUCGGCAUGCCGGCCGUCAUCCCCGGGCAGCAGGCCCCCUCGGCCCCGGCGCAGCAGCAGCAGCACACCUACGCCGUCGGCGAGUAUGUCGAGGCCCUUUUCUCUGACGACAACAUCUGGUACCCGGCUCAGAUUACCGACGUCUCGGGUGACUCGUACACCGUCCUCUACGUGACUUACGGCAACAAGGAGGUCCGUCCGCCCAGCUGCUUGCGGCCGCUGCCGGCCUCCGCCGGUGAUGCGGCGGCCGCCGCCCUUGCCGGCAGCAUGAUGCCCAUGCCGGGCUUCACUGCCAUGGUGGACCCCCCGAUGUCGGUGGCCCAGACGACUGGCGGUGCUUCUCGCCAGCCCCAGUCUUCCAGCGAGGUCCACGUCAACCAGAAUGUCCUUGCGUGCUACGUCGAUGGCCACCUCUACCCGGCCGUCAUCACCCAUGUCCUUGAGAACGAGAAGGGUGUCACUGUGAACUACCUGGAUUACGCCGACAGCGGGGACCUUCCCCUCUCCGCCAUCUACUUCAUGUGAGGGGCGGAUGGGAGUGUCUAUGUGCGUGCGUGUACAUAUGCAUGCACAUGUGUGCAACGCGGGGACCACCACCGGUCCCGCGCCGUGCGCUGUGUGCCUGGCCAUGCGUACGCCCGCGCCGACCCUCCCGCCUCCCUUUUCUCAGAUGUGCGGCCGCGCAUGCGCGCGCGCGCGUUGUGUCCUUGCGCGGGGAGAGCGGGCGAACGGCUUCUCCCUCUCCCUCCUGCCUUGUCGCUCCUCCCUCCCGCACCCCUCUGGCGCGCGCGCGCGCGCGCGCAAAGAGGUCACCCCCUUUCAAUACCAUUUCUCAGUCUCCA